GCAUCGUCUCAAUCCGGGAGUGUCUGGAAUCAAGAAUCAUCAUCCAAUUUUGUUGCUUCAAUUGCAAUUCAAAUCGUUCGUUCGUCGUAACAUUACAAAACCUCGUUCCCCUCCCUUUACCUCCCACUCGUUCCUUCAAAACCCUAACACUCAUGGCCGCUCCUCCUACCAGGGACCAAGCUCUCUCUCUCCUCGCCGCUGCUAACAACCAUGGCGAUAUCUCCGUCAAAAUCUCAUCCCUUAAACAAGCCAAAGACCUUCUUCUAUCCAUCGAACCCUCUUUGGCCGCGGACCUCUUCCCUUACUUGCUCGAGCUUCAGUCUUCUCCCGAAAGCCUCGUUCGCAAAUUGCUUAUCCAGAUAAUUGAGGAGAUUGGUUUUAAAGCAGUUGAGCAUUCUCCCACACUUAUAUCUGUACUAUUAACAUUUUUACGAGACAGCGAUGUAAUGGUUAUAAAGCAAUCUAUUGUUAGUGGCACAAAUAUCUUCCGUAGUGUUUUCGAGGAGAUGAUUGUGCAGUUUCAACAAUAUGGUAAAGUUGAGAGGUGGCUAGAAGAGAUUUGGAUGUGGAUGCUUAAAUUCAAGGAUGCUGUUUUUGGGAUUGCCCUGGAGCCUGGUUCUGUUGGAAUAAAGUUGCUGGCCCUGAAAUUCUUGGAAACAUUUGUAUUACUUUUUACAUCUGACAUCAGUGAUCCUGAGAAAUCAGCCACAGAAGGAGUUAGGCAAGCUGUUAAUAUCUCAUGGUUGGCGGGCGGUCACCCUAUUCUUGAUCCAGUUGUGCUCAUGUCAGAGGCAAAUAGGACUAUUGGCAUUCUGUUAAAUUUUUUGCAGCCUGCUGGCAGUCUCCCCGGAUGCUUGACAGUUACUGUUGUAAAUUGGUGAGUUUCAAUGUAGUAGCAACCAAUAACCUGUGUUUGCAUAUUAUUAGCAUUUUGUGCAUUCUUCGUUUCCUGAUGGUUGUAGAUCCUAUGAAAAUUGUGUGGUAGGCCACUUCUAAGAGUUAUAUGGUUGCAAGUAAUGGCUUAUUCUCCUUUAUUGCCUAGUAACUGCUGUUGGCAGACCAUUAGUUAGAUAAAAGUAGGCAGACUAAUGGUUAAUUUAUUUAUUAUUUUUAUGUUUUGUUUUUGAAUCUCCUUUUCAACAUUUUGUUUUCUAUUUCUACUUGGAUUGUGCCUCUCCUAGGCGUGUGCUUUGAAUAAAUUCAUGAAUUUGUGUUGUUGGUUGACCAUUUUUUCCUUCACCUCAUAAACUAGUAUAAAUAAUUUUCCUGAUCAUUUUCUUGUCUGUUUUUAAAAGAACUGUCUGUUUAGUUGUGUGUGUAUUCUGGAACUUGGGCGUAGUUUUUAGCUUAGUAUCGUAACAGUCUAACUUAAACAUACGGCAUGCUUAAAAUAUUUGUUUCUUUCCUUUCUAAUGUCAUACAGGCUGAGUUGGAUAGCAUUUUGGUAUUUGGUCUAUUUUUAACCUUUCGUUAGGGCAAUGCUGUUGUUUUGGAGUUCCAUGACUCAUAAUGAACCUUCAAGGUCUUUUUUGUCUUUCCCCCUGUAUCGGUUCAUAUAUAUAUAUAUAUAUGUGUGUGUGUGUGUGUGUAUCAUUUUACACUAAUGUAAGUUACACUAUUAAUCUUGACCGUUGAUCCCACUUAUAUCUAACGGCUCUAAUUUUUUAGUUAUGUGUGCCAUUUGAUACAAGUGGAAUAAUGGUCAAGAUUGAGUGUAAAACUUUUCAGUCUUAUUCCGGUGAAGAAUAAUUUACUCCUUAUAUAUAUAUAUAUAUAAAAUAAAUGGCAUGCAUGCCGGUAAGCAUAUACGUAUAUGUGAAAUUAUUUCUAAGGAUGUUUGAUCCUAAAAGAAGCACAUUGGAAUCCAGAGGAUUCACAUUAAGUCGAAGCAAGACUGAGUAUCUGAAGUGUGAGUUUUCUCUGGUACAAGAUGAGGACCAAGAACCUGUGCAUCUAAAUGGUCAAGAGGUACCCAAAAAAAAUGCUUUUAAAUACUUGGGCUCCAUUUUACAAAAUGGUGGAGAGAUUGAUGAGGAUGUAAAUCACAGAAUCAGAGCAGGGUGGAUGAAAUGGCGUAGUGCAUCUGCAUUUUUGUGUGACCGCAAAAUUCCCCUGAAGUUAAAAGGAAAAUUCUAUAAAACGGCAGUACGACCGGCAAUGCUAUAUGGAGCGGAAUGCUGGCCAGCACAUAGGCAACAUGAGCAUAAGAUGGGAGUAGCAGAGAUGAGGAUGUUAAGGUGGAUGUGUGGGUACACAAGGAUGGAUAAGAUAAGAAAUGAAGAUAUUCGACGAAAGGUCGGAGUAGUACCGGUAGCCGAGAAGAUGAGAGAACAUAGAUUGAGGUGGUUUGGGCACGUGAUGAGAAGACCCAUGGAUGCUCCUGUAAGAACAGAAGUUUGUUACCAAGAGCUAAACACAAAAAGAGGCAGAGGUAGGCCGAAGCUUACUUGGGGGAAAGUAGUAAAACAAGAUUUAAUGGAGUGGGAUAUAGAUUGGCGGACAGUAUGUCUUAGAAAGGAAUGGAGAAAAGCUAUAAGUAUGGUGGAGGGUUAGACUCGCUGUUACUCCUAUGUUCCAGAUGGUCCUUUUUUAGUCCUUUUCCCCUUCAUUUUCCCCCACUUCUUCUUGUCCCUUUCUUUUUUACUUUUAUUUAUUUAUAUAUACAUAUAUUUUUAUUUCAUUUUAUUUUAUUUUAUUAUUUUAUUUGUGUAUUUUUAUUUAUUUAUUUAUUUUUUAUUUUUUAUUUUUUUUUACUUUUUUUCAACCGUUUUGUAUCUUUCAUGUGGGUUCAUCUACCACCGACCCCAAUUAAUUUGGGAUAAAGGUGUUGUUGAUGUUGAUGUUGAUGUUGAUGAUGUUUGAUCCUAAAGUUCGUAUCACAUCCAAUGUCUUGGUGGUCUCGUAGUUUGUGCAGCAUGUUUAUAUAUAUUGUGAUGAACUUUGUAUUUAUUCUGUUUUCCUUUAAAUUUUUUAACAACUUAUCAGUUGUCCUUGGGGUAUGGUAUUGCUCGACAUUUUUUUCAUCUUGAGGUUAUGAAUUGAUUUGUGUGUAUCUUGUGGAGACAUGAAUUCCACCAUCAGCUGAGAGAAAUUAAUAUUUAUGUGACUGCUCAGUAUGUCUCUGUUUCGCUCAUCAUUUUUCUCAACAAAAAGCUCGUGCAAGCCUUAGUACUGGGGCAAACUUUCAAGUCUAUUAGGUCUCUACUGUAAAGUCCUUCAGAUUGCUUUUGUUUCUAGAAACUACGAGAUAUAGUUCUUGCAAUUGAUUACUUUAUGAAAUAAAGAUUACUUUUUUUUUUUGGUACAUAAAGAUUGCUUUUGUAUCCAUGUGGAUAAUUUUUUAAUUUAUAUUCUGAUACAAUACUAUGAGUUUGUUAUCUGGUCCAGCAAAUUGAGAAGGUAUUGAAGAUACAAGUCUGAACAACUGUCUUUGUGUACCACAGUUUGUGGAUUAUAAAUAUUGGUAGUUUGGUGCGGUGUCAAGUUGUUAGAGGGUCGCUGCUAGGUUAGAGGAAUUGCGGAUUUUUUCUUUUCUUUUCUACAGAGGGUGAGAAAAGGGGCAGUAAAACUACAAAUAAUACAGAUUAUGGACUAUAAGUGAAUUCCCAAACAUAACAAUAAAAAUGAAACUAAAAUUGGAGGGGAAUCAUGAAUGUUUGAACAUAUAUUUUUUUGGAUAAAAGGAGAAUUCAUUAAGACCAAAAAAAGAGUACAAAACAAGAUGGCUACCAAUGUACUGCAGAGAUGUAAGGGGAAAAAAUGUCAGCUCAAAUCCAAUUGCCACAAAGAAGUACAUAUGCAUCCAAUUCUAUGCAUUUCAGAUAACUAUUUUUUCGCUUUCCCUUCUUUAAUUGAUGUCUAUUUGUGUGCUUACACUGCAUGUGAAUGAACUCAUUGUUUGUGUUUAGCAGCCCGUCAAAUAAUAAGUAUGGAUGCCUUGUUUCGAAGCACACAGUGGUUCUAAAGUUCAAUAGUUCAAAAUUGUUUAGUUGUUUACAUGGAAACCUUUGUUGCAGCUGCAAUAUAUUCUCUGUAAUAACUAUAUUAACAAAUUUGAAAUAUCGAAAGUGUUUCUAUUCUUCCUUACUCAUUUCUUUGCAGGGAGGUGACAAGUGUAUCUCCUAAGAUUUAGUGUAUUUUUUGCUCUGUGAUUUAAUGUCAGUUUUACUACAAGAUACUUUCUUGCCUUAAUCAUUACUGAUGCCAUUUAAUGUCUUAAGAUCAAUGAAAGCUUUAAAAAUUUAGCACAUGACUGCAUUUUCCCCCUGGUUUUACUUUGUUCGAAAUUAUGGAGUGAUCACUGAAGCAGGGAUUCGUGGAUAGAACAAGUUCAACUGCUUUUUUUAAAAUAACACUGCAGCAUGCUGACCAGUUCUUUAUGAGGAGUUAAUGGCCUUGGAUACUUCUGCAUUGGUGGUUCAUAUAAUGGAUGUUACAGUGAUAAGAUUGUCUAAGAUGGUUCAUUAUUUAUACUAUGAAGUGCCAGUUGGCUGGGUGAUAGAAAUCGGAAGUGAUGCACUAAAAUGGUCAUCUCGUGAACUGAGGAAACAUGGUCGUCAAGUGAUGCAGUUUAUUAUUGUAAACUGUUAAGAGACCAUUUACUAUUUAAAAUUUUAUGCUGUAAGCGCAUACACAGUUAAUGUAUUUAUAAUUUUAUAACAGCUGAUGCACGGUUAAUGUCUCAACAAUUCAAGUUAUAUUUUA